AUGUCUACUACCAAUAAAUCAAAAUCGCCCAUGAUAACAACUGGCUCUAAACCGGCUACCCGUUCUGGUACCCCUACAAAUGGUGAUCUUAUGCAAGCCAUUACCGGAAUGCAAGCAUCACAAUCUUCACAAUUUCGCGAACUUCAGGUGAGCUUGGCAUCGGUAACUAAACAGUUAGCAGAUUUAAAAAGUGAUAACCUGGUACUCCGCAAUGAAGUCUCCUCACUUGCAGCUCGUAUUGCUAUACUUGAAACUGACCAUAUAGUUCCUGCCAAUGAUGACUUGCCGACCAAAGUCCUACGUGAAAUCUCAGAAAGAAAUUCGUGUGAUUUAAGCGUUAUUGCAUAUGAUGUUCCUGAAUCAAGUUCUUCUUCUCCCAAUCAGCGAAUUAUUGAUGAUACUACUGAACUCUCCAAGGCCUUGUCCUCCAUCAAUACUACCUUACCUACAGAUAUCAAAGUAGUUCGUCUUGGCGGUCAUCUUUCUAAGAAGCCACGACCGUUAAAACUUAUAUUUAAAUCUAAAGAUGAAGCAGCCAACCUUUUGCUAAAGUUCAGACAAUCAAUCCGAAAUGGCUGUAAUAUUUCAAAUAGUCUCCGGCUAGUUCGGGAUAAAACAUCUUUAGAACGUCAACUUCUCCGCUCAUCCCAUGCUGAGCUUGAGCGUAGAAAGCAGGCUGGUGAAUUAAAUCUUGUGGUGAAGUAUAUUAACGGUGUCCCAUCAGUUACAAGGAUGCAGCCAAAAAACGGCGCAGCUGGCCAACGGUAG